CCCCGUAAUAAGCUGUGAUUCAACCUGACCAGAAGGGUCAUCUUAGACAGGGAGCUGUUUGCUUGCUUAUGCGUAUUAUAAUAGACAUUGGAUGAAUACAGAGUAUAUCUACCAGUCUGACGUUCUUCAAUUAUAUUCUUCUUUUUUUCUUUUCCUUGUCUAGUAAUCUAGAAGCUAUCUAGAAAUUAUCUAGAAACCCACACAACUUUUCAAUACCCAACGAUUUGCAUACGUAAUCCCCUCACUAUCCCCAGGAUGGAUCUUUUCCGUAAGGCGGGAGAUGUCUUCCAUGAGGUGCAUGAGGCCUUACACCAUCACGAGGAGGAGCGUCCCCAGGCUGAGGAAUCUCACGCUGAUAGCGGCGAGAAUGCUCAACCAGAAACAUUUACCAGCAACUAUCGCUUCCAAUCUUUUGCUCCGGAGACCUCGGGCUCCGUAAAGUGGUAUGUCGACGGAGCGUCGUAUUUCUACGCUGUAUCUCUAGCUCUUGAAGAGGCUAGAGAGAGCAUUUGGAUUUUGGAUUGGUGGCUGAGUCCUGAACUCUACCUCCGUCGGCCCCCUGCGCGCAAUGAACAGUAUCGUCUCGACAAUAUGUUACGAGCCGCUGCUGAGAGAGGCGUCGAAAUCCGUAUCAUCGUAUAUAAGGAGGUUACUCAAGCCUUAACUCUGGAUUCGGCACACACUAAGCAUGCUCUCGAAGCAUUGCACCCGAACAUCAAGGUAUUCAGACAUCCUGAUCAUACCCCAACGGAUAGAAACAAGCUCGAGACGGCCUUUUCCGACUUGUCCUUAGACAAGCUUAGACUAGAUGAUUUCAGCCUGUCCAAGUUUUCAGGAGACGCGCUGAAGCAACUCUACGGUUCAUUUGGUGAUACUGUCCUAUACUGGGCUCAUCAUGAGAAGCUAUGUCUCAUUGAUCGACGUAUCGCCUUUAUGGGUGGUCUUGAUAUGUGCUUUGGAAGAUAUGACACGAACAGUCAUCCUAUCGCCGAUGCUCACCCCGGCAAUAUCGAUGAAGUUGUAUUCCCUGGUCAAGACUUUAACAAUGCUCGAGUCUACGAUUUCGAGGGUGUUAAUAACUGGGAUCAUAACAAGCUUGACCGAACAAAGAGUUCAAGAAUGGGGUGGUCUGAUAUCGCCAUCUCCUUGAAGGGCCCCAUCGUUGGUAGCCUUAUCGACCACUUUACAGAUCGAUGGAACUUCAUCUUCGGUGAGAAGUACACCAAAAGAGACGCUGGGAAAUAUGAGAGGAUUACCGCCGGCAGCGGUCCUUCUGAACAGGCCCCUGAACAACGUCGCCAUCACUUCAUGGAUGACUUUGAGGGUCAAGUCGGCCGGGGUUUUAGGCACCUCAUGGGAAAUGACGGUGAAGAGCGCUCUGAGCAUCGUGACCGCGGCCAUAACAACUACGAACGUUCAGGCCAAGCUAAGAUCCAACUCUGCAGAAGUUGCUGUGAAUGGUCCGCCGGACAUCCUACCGAGCACUCAAUCGCAAACGCCUAUAUUAACGCCAUCGAGAACGCCCAACACUUCGUGUACAUCGAGAACCAAUUCUUCAUCACCGCAACCUCAGACGAGCAACGACCCGUCGAGAACAAAAUCGGUGCCUCCAUCGUCUCACGCAUCGUCCGCGCCUACAACAACAACGAAGACUUCCAAGUCAUCGUCCUCAUGCCCGCUGUUCCCGCCUUCGCCGGGGACCUGCACUCCGACGGAGCCCUCGGCACGCGCGCGAUCAUGGAGUUCCAGUACAACAGCAUCAACCGAGGCGGGCACAGCAUCAUCGAGUCUCUACAGAAGCAAGGCGUCGAAGACUGGCGCCGGUACAUCGGCUUCUACAACCUGCGCAACUACGACCGCAUCAACGCAUCCGCAACCCUGCGCCGCGCCGAGCGCGAGUCCGGCGUCGACUACGAGGACGCGCGCCGCGAGUACGACGACCGCGUGGGCGGGUACCCGUACGGCGGCGGGAACGAAGACGGAAGAUACGACGGCAGCUACGACCGGUACCAAGAAGCGGCGCGCCGGACCGACGACCGCACCUGGGACACGGUGUCCUCGUGCUACAUGGACGGAGGGCCGGACAUCCGGUCGGUUCCCUGGGAAGGGUCCGAGGAGUCCGAGCUGAACGCUUUCGUAUCCGAGGAGCUGUAUAUCCAUAGCAAGGUGCUGAUUGCCGACGACCGGCUCGUGAUCUGCGGGUCCGCGAACCUAAACGACCGCAGCCAGCUCGGCACGCACGACUCCGAGAUCGCGGUCAUCAUCGAGGACCCGGAGCCCGUUGAGAGCACGAUGAACGGACGUCCGUACACGGCGUCGCGGUUCGCGACAUCGCUGCGACGACAGCUCUGGCGGAAGCAUCUGGGUUUACUCCCGGACCAGCGCUGGGACGAGCCGAACGCGAACUGGACGCCAGUCGACCGGGACGCGCAAGACUACGACUGGGGCUCGCGGUCGGACCGGCUCGUCGAAGACCCGAUGAGCGAGGACUUCCGCCGACUAUGGACGGAGACGGCGCGGACGAACACGGACGUGUUCAGCAAGGUGUUCCACCCGGUGCCGAACGACCUCGUGCGCACGUGGGAGCAGUACCAGGAUUUCUUCAGCCGGUACUUCAUCAUCCCGAGCGGGGACGAGAAGAAGGACGCGAAAGCCGCUGAGGAGGAGGGCGCGGCUGGGAAGGUCGAGUACGGACAUGUAGUGCGCGACGAGUUCCCCGGCGGUGUUGCGGAGGUCAAGGAGUGGCUUAGCCGUGUGCGCGGGACGUUGGUUGAGAUGCCGCUGGAGUUCUUGAUUGAUGUUGAGGAUUUGGCUAAGGAUGGGCUUACGCUGAAUGCGUUUACGGAUGCGAUUUACACUUAAGCGUAUGUGCUGUGUAGGCCUAUGUUGGCUAGUGGUUUAUAGGACUACGUGCUGUAGAGCUUAGGCUCGUCUUGAGUGUCUACAUCGUGUUUAUAGGUAGACAUUGCCCUAAAUGAAUAAAUGCUGAUAUUAUAUGCA